AUGACAUCUUCAGAAACAACCAAGGAAACAACACCAAGGACAAUGAUCACGUCCUCGCCAAAGUCUGAUAUGACAUCUGUCCAAACAACGCCAGGAACUCUGGUUACUUCGAUGCCUAGUUCAGAUACGACACCUCUCGUUACUACACCAGAGACAGUAAUAACGUCUUCUCCUAGUUCUGCAAUGACAUCUUCCGAAACAACGACGGCAACAUCGGUCACGUCGUCUUCUAGUUCUGAUAUGACAACUUCCGUGACAAACUCUGAUUUUACAAGUCUCAAGACGACACAAGGGACAGCGGUUACGUCGCUUGCUAGUUCCGAUAUGGCAUCUCUGAGAACGACGCCAGGCACAGUGGCCACCUCCUUGUCUGGGUCUGCUGCGACAACCCUCCAAACAACACCAGAGGCUACGUUUUUGUCCUCGCCUAGUUCAGAAAUGGCGUCUUCCGAAACUACAUUAGGGACUACGGUCACUUCAUCGCCUAGCUCUGAUGUUACAACACCGGGAACAGCGGCCACCCCUUUGCCAAGGUCUGAUGCGACAACUCUCUCAACAACACCAGGGACAGUAGUUACGUCGUCUUCGCCUAUUUCUGACGUGACAACUAUCAAAACAUCAAAGGCAACAACACGAAGGACUGCGAUCACAUCCUCCCCUAGUUCGGAGAUAACAUAUUCAGAAACAACGAAGGCAACAACACCAAAGUCUGUGGCGACGUCGCCUAGGCCGGAUUUGACAACUUUCGAACCAACGAUAGUCACAGUGAUCUCGACGUUUCCUAGCUCUGAAAUGACUCCUUCCGAAACGACAUUAGGGACUGCAGUCACUUCAUCGCCUAGAUCUUAUAUCACAACUCUCACACCAACCACAAGUCCAAACACGUCGUCAUCUAGGUCUGAUGUGACAACUCCCGAAACAGCACCAUCGACGGUAGUUACGUCGCAUCCAAGUUCUGAUGUGGCAUCUUCAAGAACAACGCCAAGCACAACGGUCACCUCUUCCUCUAGAUCUGAUCUGACAACUCUCCAAACAACACCAGUGACAGCUGUCCCGUCCUCUCUUGGAAUUACUGAAGUGACUCCUUCCGACACGACAUCAGUCACUGCAGUCAUUUCAUCAUCAGGCCCUGAAACGACAACUCCCCAAACAACGCCAGGCACAGCGACCAUGUCAUCUCCUAGGUCUGAUUUCACAACUCAAAACACAACACCAAAGACUGUGAUUACGUCGUCUGCAAGUUCCGAUUCAACUCCGCCCGAAACAACACACGUCACUGUGAUCCCGUCGUCGCCGAGUUCUGAUAUGUCAUUUCUGGAUACAACACAAAAGACUGCGGUCACGUCGACUCCUAGUCCUGAUGUGACAACACUCCAAACAUCAAAGACAACAACACCAGGCACAAUGACCACGUCAUCUCCGAAGUCUGAUACAACAGGACUAACACCAGGGACAGAGGUCAUAUCGUCGCCUAGUUCUGAUAUCACAACUCUUAAAACAACACCGGGAACAGAAGUCACAUCGUCUCCUAGUUUUGAUAUCACAACUCUCAAAACAACACCAGAGACUGUGGUUAUGUCAUCUCCUACUUAUAUCACAACUCCAGAAACGUCUCUUAUAUCUGGAAUGACAACUGUAUCAUCGACCAAGGUUACAACACCAGGGACAACAGGCAUUUCGUCUCCUAGGUCUGAUAUAACUGUUCCACCAUCGACCAAGUUUGCAACGCCAGGGACCACAGACAUCUCUUAUCCUCGGUCUGAAAUGACAACAGUACCAUCGACGAAGAUAACAACGCCAGGGGCAACGGACCCUUUCCAAGCUAACAACCCCAACCCCUGUAUCUACGUUGUCAGGAGGUACAACUCCGAGAGCAACAAAGAUGACAACACCGGUUCUUAG